AUGCCUCACUCAGUAUCCGUGCCACCAACGGGCCUGCAGGCCCUAAUUCUUUGUGGCCCUGGUGUAUCGCUCAACACAUUCACUUCGAACCCCGAGGAAUACCCAAAAUGCCUUAUCCCUGUGGCCAACCGUCCGAUGCUCUGGUACGCCCUAGACUGGUCGAAAAGGAUGGGCAUUACUGAUGUCACUUUGGUCACUCCUCCCUCUUCGCUCGCUCCCCUCCAGGCCGCUCUACGACAGAACCCACAUCUUACCUCACUCCCUUCGCCAUCAGUCAUCGCACCGGCGGAACUCGAGAUGACGACAGGCACAGCAGAGCUUCUUCGUCUGCCCGAGGUGCAGACCUGUAUCAAAUCAGACUUCCUUCUGUUGCCUUGUGAUCUAGUUUGCGAAAUACCCGGCGAGUCUCUACUUGAAGCAUGGAUGGUGUCUGGCGGCGAGAAAAAUCGUCGGAAUGGACUCAGCAUGUACUAUCAGACACAGGGUCGGGAGGAGAGUGUCAAGGGCGAAGCUACGGACUUUUUGGCAGUUGCACCACUUGAGCAGAACGAGGCUCCUACCGUGUCUCAUGCCGCGCCUCGUUCCUCGCUCUCCAAGCUAGUCCUCUCCAUGCCCAUGGCCACAUUGAAAGAGAAAUUGGAAAAUGAUAAGGGCUUCCUUGUGCGCCACUCCCUGGUGGAUACGCAUGCGCAGGUGAAGUUGCUGACGACAUACCGUGAUGCGCAUAUCUACGUCCUACCUUACUGGGUCAAGGACAUGGCUCGUUUGAAUGAGCAGUUCCAGUCGGUCGGCGAAGACUUGGUUGGAUGGUGGGCCAAAUCGGAAUGGCAGCAAGGCCUCAGCGACAAGCUGAAGAUCAACGAAAUCUUCCAUCAGAAAAGCCGUCGCCAGAGCCACGGGCUCACUCUAGGCGAGAGUGAAAGCCAUGACGAUGAAUCCCUCGAAGGUGAAUCGCUGGAGGAAGAGAUUGAUCUACAGAGCAUGAGCACUACCAAAGCCACCCCAGCCAAGUUCAGCACAGCCGCAUCAGACCCCCAAUUCGCCUCUCGUGUCAAGGGUCCCACCUCGCAAACUGUCAAGAGUUCCAAGUCAAAUCUACCACCGAUGCUCGCUUACGUUCAAAAGGGCACAGCACCUUUUGUUCGACGGGUUGAUUCGUCCGCCGUACUUCUGUCUACCUCUCUCCGUCUUGCUAAGCUGGAGUCCAUCGAAGAGGUUGGCCGAGUUGCUUCGUCGGCAUUCGCGCACGCCUCCAAAGUGGCGAACACAGCUAGCAUCGCGCAGCGUUGUACCGUCACGAGGAACGACUGUCUAGUGGAUAAUAACUCGACGGUUGAGGAGAAGUGUGUGAUCAAGGAGACCAUCAUCGGUGCUAAUUGCCAUAUCGCCAGCGGUGCUCGGUUGACUCGUUGUUUGAUCAUGGACGGUGCUGUUGUUGGCGAGCGCUGUCAAUUAACGGGUACGAUUGUUGGACGCCGCAGCAAGAUCGGCCGGGAAACCGUGCUGAAGGAUUGCGAGGUUCAAGAUGGAAACGUUGUUCCUGAUGAAACAGACGCCAAAAACGAGAAAUUCAUGAUCUUUGAGGGUCUUGACGAUCAAGAUGAUAUGGAUGCUUCGGAGGAUGACCAAGAUUAUUGA